UAAAGCCAGCAGCUGAACCUUGUGUCAAAACAGAGGCACAGCAGCGCAGCGUCGUUAGCUUUGUUUUCGGGCACCAUUUGUCGGUACAAAGUGUUUCAAUUCACGUCCACGUACCAUGACCGAACAAUCAGCGCUACUUCUUCGAAAACAAUUGGCAGAGCUCAACAAGAACCCUGUGGAGGGCUUUUCAGCUGGUCUCAUAGAUGACGACGAUAUCUACAAAUGGGAGGUCGUGAUCAUUGGUCCACAGGACACCCUCUUUGAAGGAGGUUUCUUCAAAGCGUAUCUCACUUUUCCUUAUGACUAUCCACUACGGCCUCCAAAGAUGAAAUUUAUCACGGAAAUCUGGCACCCGAAUGUUGCAAAGAAUGGAGAUGUGUGCAUUUCUAUCCUGCAUGAGCCUGGGGAGGAUAAGUUUGGCUAUGAAAAGCCAGAGGAGCGCUGGCUCCCCAUUCACACAGUAGAGACAAUCAUGAUCAGUGUCAUCUCCAUGCUCGCAGACCCCAACAGCGACUCACCAGCCAAUGUGGACGCAGCUAAAGAGUGGAGGGAGGACCCUAACGGUGAGUUCAAGAGGAAAGUGGCACGCUGCGUAAGAAAAAGUCAAGAGAUGGCAUUUGACUAGAAUCAGCUGUAAAUUCCAGGUUUAAGGAAAUGCCUUCAGAAGGAAAAUUUCAAGCCUUUGCCCCUUGUUUUGCCAGUCAAAGGAAUUGGUUGGCUUCAACCACUUUUCUGUGAACGGUUGUCAUUUUCCGCAAGAUGAGCCAAUUUGAGAUCCCUACCAGCGAAAUUUACCUGUUUUCCUUCCUGGAAUUGUAUAUUUAAUUUUAUUUAUUUUGAAAAAUUAAUGAUGUAAGAUAUGUCACUACUGUAAAUGACUUGCUUUUUUAUCUGCUGCUGAACAGUUUCUACUUUAUACCAGGUUUCUUAUGCAAUUUAGGGUCAAGAUUGUGUAAAACGAGAGGCUGUUGUUGAUAGGUCAUCCCUUGUCCUUCUCUCUGCGUUUUCACUCCACAGCAGUCAUCUGGAUCAUUCUCUUGAACACUGUCGCUCUGUCUGGCUGUCUUCUCUGGCCUCACCUCCUCAUAUCGGCUCUAGUAUCAUUGGCACCUGUUUAAAGGGACUUUGUCUUCACACUGUUUUCUGAGAAUCGGCUUCCUGUUGGCAUAAAGACACUGGUGCACAUCAUUAAUGUAAUGGCAUAUUCCAUGCAUGAAACUGUUUGGUUUAAAUUGAAUGGCUUCCCAGUAGUUUUGAAUCAUGAUUUAUUUUCACUUGAUUUGCACCAGUGUUAAAUGGAUAACAGGAGAACUGUGCCAACUUCUCAGGAAUAACCAACUCCCCAUUAGUGUCACUUAUUGAGACCAACCGCUGUCCAGUACUUACUCUAAUAUAUCAAACACAAACCAUCAACAACCAAAAACAGUCUGUGAAUUUGCUAAGCUGUGAACAUGUCGCAUACUGGUGAACUGCCAUCUCUUCGCUUAUACCUCUUCUCAAACAAGUCUAGAUCAUAGGUUUUUCAAUACAACAUGGGGGGAUAUGGAUUUCCACAGUAGAUUUAGGGUAAUCGUUUUGUUGUGGCACACCUAUCAGUGAGUCAAUGUAAGUCACUUGUGGGUUUUAGGACAUUGGGUAGUUUCUUUCUCUCCAUUUUAUUUUGGCUUUCACUAAAUUGGAAUUCCUCAUAGACACUUAAAAUAUUAAUAUAAAUAUAUGUAUUACCAUUCAACGUAAUAUUUUUAAAUGAUGACAAAUGUGUUUGGGUGGAUUCAAUCAUUUAGUCACUUUGUUAGUAUUAAAAUAUUUUGGACAUAGAUUUUCAACAUUCAAGAGUGGAUUUAUGGCGCAUGCAAUCAGGUUUGGGUAGGCUAAUCAUGGUUUGAAGUCUUUUGUGCAUUAAGACAUUACGUUAGGUUUCUCAGAUCUUUACCAUGACCUCCUCUGACCGGUGUUCACUGUUUUUGCACAAAUUCAGUGCAUUCUGAAAUGUCAUAAAGCAAUACGCUCAAAAUACAAAAUGGUGGCUCCAGGAAAUCCACUCUAACGCCAUUAUUAUUUUUAUGUUUGGUUGUUUGUUUUAUUUUUCAUUUUGUGUUGAUGCAAUGCAUAUUGGACAUGAUGCUCAAUAAAGUGUGUAAACUAAGA